AUGAUGAGCAGUAAUUACUGCAGCAACACUUCAGCCAGCAUGAGCGUCAGUGAAAUGUCUGCCUUCCCUCUGACUUUAGAACAAAAAACUGGCUUUGCCUUUGUGGGGAUUUUGUGUGUUUUCUUGGGACUUCUAAUUAUCAGAUGCUUCAAGAUCUUGCUAGACCCCUACAGCAGUAUGCCUUCUUCCACAUGGGAAGAUGAAGUUGAGGGGUUGGAUAAAGGGACAUUUGAAUAUGCUCUUGCAUGA